AUGUUUCUCACAAGAUCUGAAUACGACCGUGGAGUUAACACUUUUUCUCCUGAAGGCCGUCUAUUUCAGGUUGAAUAUGCGAUCGAGGCUAUUAAGUUGGGCUCCACUGCGGUAGGGAUUCAAACCUCUGAAGGCGUUGUCUUGGCAGUGGAAAAACGCGUCACAUCUCCACUUUUGGUAUCAAGCAGUAUCGAAAAGAUUAUGGAAAUUGAUACUCAUUUGGGUUGUGCAAUGAGCGGUUUGACAGCCGAUUCCAGAACAAUGAUAGACCACGCCAGAGUUGAGGCACAAAAUCAUCAUUUUACUUAUAACGAAAAGAUUAAAGUAGAGUCGGUCACACAAGCCGUAUGCGAUUUGGCACUGAGGUUUGGUGAGAGUGCACAUGGAGAAGAAUCUAUAAUGAGCCGACCUUUUGGCGUCGCAUUAUUGAUUGCCGGCGUCGAUGAGAAGGGUCCUCAACUAUACCACGCCGAUCCUUCUGGUACUUUUAUGCAAUAUGAUGCUAAAGCAAUUGGCUCCGGAUCUGAAGGUGCUCAGACAGAAUUGCAAGAAGAAUAUGAUAAAUCUAUAAGUUUGGUAAAUGCUGAAACACUAUCUCUUAAAGUUCUUAAACAGGUUAUGGAAGAAAAAUUGAACAAUACAAAUGUUCAGCUUGCAUCUAUCACUCCAGAAUAUGGGUUUAGAAUUUAUAGUGAAGAAGAAUUACAAGUAGUAAUUGAUAGAUUAUAA